AUGAAAGGCACAUCCAUUUUCCAGUUCAAGUCCUGGCCUAAGAUUCAUCAGCCCUUGCCCCGUACACCUCGAGAGUCUCAGCAACUGCUCAAUGCUCUUACAUCUUCCUUUCGUCGCCAACUAGAUGGGGCAUAUCCCCCAUCCGGCAACAACCAUGGCCGGCCGCUUGCGAAUCCUGAAUCAUCGGCCCAUGCCACCGAUCAGCAUUUGCAGAACAUUCUUGAUAACCCUCUCUUCCGCAUCAUGCCGACUAGACCCAUCUCCCAAGAGCCCACCACAUUGCAAAGCAUCGAGGGCCAGCGACGGCUAGCCGAAGAACCGAUGGCAGUAUUUGAUCAAAUGGCUGCAGCUGGCUCCGUCACUGCAAACACAAUAAAUGAUUGCCUGAAGUCUCAACUUCUCCUUUCCAGAUCCCCCGCCGAUAUGAAAGCAUCUCGGGCGGGGUCACGGAUCGUUGAUUGGUAUUGGGCAUCAGAUGGUACAUCGAGGCAAAUGCUUCUUCGUUUGCGGUCAGUAACCACAUCGUUGACCAAGUUUAUGGUUGCAGAAGGAUUGCACAAUACUGUCAUCCAGUGGUUACAAAUGCUCACGACCCAUGACUUGGGCAGUCAGAAUGGCCGCCUGACCGAAGGUCUUGCGCGACAAACAUUCAGUCAUCUCCUAGUUGAUUUUGUCGAUGCAGAGGCCUGCUUUGGAAAUGGCUUUAGCUCGGCCAUGGCAUAUUAUCUGCGUGUAUGCCAUAUGCAUUUCCAAAGCCCAUCUUCCCACAAGUCAAGAAAGCCGAUGCUUCUAGCUGCAGGCGCUCACCUGAGCCGUAUGGCCAUGGAAUACAGACCAUCCGGUGAGCAAGUCUCGGAGUUGGUAUAUGAUCAAUUUAGAGACACGGUUUCUGUGUUGUCUCCUCGGUCCUUGUUGGUCGCAUCUGUGGCUGUCUGUCACCCAACUAAUCCUGAUGCACGCCCAUUCCUUCAAUUUGUGGGGAACCUUUCACCAAGCAAGUUCCAGGCUUGGAAUGAGACUAGACGUGAUGCUUUCUUCGAGAUAGGUUCGGAGGCACUUCGAGUCCUCGUGGAAAGGAAGAGGUUCCGUGAUAUCUCCCGGCUGGAGCAGCAAAUCUCAGAAUUACUACCGGAACCAGAAGCUCCCGUCGCUGAGAAGACGCACGCAUCGCCUGAUGAAGAACCCCUCGGUCGUUUGAAUUUGAGCUUCACGUGA